UAGAAAGCGCAGGAAAGGCGACGGGCGGAAGGCGCGCCUAUCGAGAAGCUGGGCGCCGGAAAAGGACGGGCCUAAGAUGGCGGCGCCCAUGGGUGCCAGGAGGAGCCGCUCAUGUCGGGGAACGGAGCGGUGUGGGGACGCGUGCGAGGCCGCCUCCGCGCCUUCCCCGAGCGCCUUGCGGCCUGUAGGGCCGAGGCCGCGGCUUAUGGCAGGUGUGUGCAGGCGUCCACGGCCCCGGGCGGCCGCCUGACGAAGGACCUCUGUGUGCAGGAGUUCGAGGCCCUGCGGAGCUGCUUCGCCGCCGCGGCCAAGACGACCCCAAGGGGAGGCCUUUAGGAUGGACAAGCCUGCACUACAUUUGUGUUUGCUGCCCACAGCCUUGAGGGACAGACGCCUGAGACGUCUAAAGCUUUUAGAGCUAAAAGGACUGCACGCCCAUCAGGGCAAGACGUGGGCAGACGGGGGAUCUGGUUUUCUUGCCUCGUGUAUGUAAGGUUUCUGGUUAGAGUAAGAAGCGACAAAGCAACAAUACAGACUGGCAGACCAC